UUGAUUGAUAAAACAACAAAACAAAUAUGUCUGCCAUGUAACUAUAGAAUUUCGCUAUUUGUAAUAACAAAGAAUAAUUUGAACGAUAUGAUAUCUUUCUUUUCGAAGCUCUCGUUAAAUAACGCUGCAAAAUCUCCUAUAGAGUUCGCUAAGCCAGCUUAUAUGGAUAAAAGUGCUACAUUGCAGGAGCUCGGCUACAAUGACGAGAACGACCUAAGGGAAACGAUUUAUGACUUUUUGCGGACCAUACGGGACCCGGAAAAGCCGAGUACUCUGGAAGAUUUGAAAGUUGUUUACGAGGACGGUAUAUUUGUGAAAGAGCCCACCGAAGAUAAAGUGCCUGUUUUGAGAGUGGAGUACAAUCCCACAGUGCCCCAUUGUUCGCUGGCGACACUCAUAGGCCUGUGCAUCAGGAUUAAGAUCCAACGCUCCCUCCAUCAUCCUGUUAAACUGGACAUCUAUAUCAAGAAAGGGGCACACACUACAGAAGAUGAAAUUAAUAAACAAAUCAACGAUAAAGAGCGGAUUGCAGCAGCGAUGGAAAAUCCUAAUUUGAGGAACCUCGUCGAAAACUGUAUAGCUGACGAGGAAUAACCGCUGCACCUUACGGAAAAUUGAAUAUUUGUAGUUAUAGAA